AUGGGUGGUCAUGAUUAUACAGAAAAUCUCAAGGGGGUUCAUGAUGGAUUGACAGACUUGACCAAGAAUGUCAAUACGCUUAUUCAGGCUAUGAACACCAAUAAGUCUGAAGAAACAGAGAGACGAAAACAGAAAGUUAUUGAGCAACGUCAGCAACGUGAAGAAGAAAGAACACAACGUCAGCUAGAGUUAACGGAGAAUAAUACAGCUUUGACAGCCAGUAUUACUACAGCGUUCACAAAUUUGUCCACAACCAUUGCCGCUUCUGUUGCCACGGCCAUUGUUGAUCAACUUCGCCCCUUGCUUCCUCCAGUUGCAGGCAAUCAUGGUGGUCCUCGUCAUAAUCCACCUCCACCCCCACCUCCGCGACAAAAUAACAUCAACCUCAAGUUUCCUCAAUUCGAUGGAGAUGAUCCUGACGGUUGGCUUUUCAAUGCAGAUCAAUAUUUCGCAGUUCACACAGCAGAUGAUGCUCUUAAAAUUACUAUUGCCUCUGCAAAUUUGAAAGGUGAUGCUAAUGUUUGGUUUAGAUGGAAGCAGUCUAAAGCUGCCAUUGUUACUUGGACUGAGUUUGGUGCUCAUCUUCGAGCUCGUUUUGCACCAGAGAAAUUUGUGGAUCCUAGACUAGCUAUUAGCAACAUCGAACAAAAAGGCACAGUGCGUGAGCAUAUUCCUGUGUUUGAGCAUUUAAUGAAUUUAGUGGACUUCACGGAAGAACACUUGAUUCAAUGCUUCAUCCGCUCUCUUAAACCUCAAAUAGGUUCGGCGCUUAGAUUAUUAGAUAUCCGAUCUUUGGAUGAUGCUUUUAAAAAAGCCAUCCAUCAAGAGGAAGCCCUUGCAGCAAAGUCUGUUCCCAGACAGCCCUAUCGUCCUCCUCCCUUCCGGCCUGCUGCAUCUGUUCAACCCACUCCUUAUAACAAGUCUUCUUCAACUCCUGUGUAUCGCCAUUUAUCACCAGCUGAACAACGUGAACGCAGAGAAAAGGGUCUCUGUUUUAAUUGUGAUGAGGUUUACAAGAAAGAUCAUGUUUGUCUGAAUCCCAGACUGACCAUUUUGGAUGUUGAGAACUAUAUUCGUGAAGGUUCUACCACUACAGAGGAUACUGCUCCUGUUUCCUUUGAAGUUUCUGAAGUAUAUGAAUUUGAUCCUACCAUCUCCUUAAGCUCGCUAUUUGGUUCUUCUUUUCCACGUACCAUGCGCGUUACAGGUCGUAUUAAAUCUCAACCCAUUACUAUUUUAAUUGAUUUAGGAUCUACUCAUAAUUUUUUGCAUCCAUCUGUGGCUAAACAAUGUGGAUUUGAAGUUUGUUCUCGAGAUUCUCCUCUAAGUGUUACUGUGGGUGAUGGUGGCAAGUUGAAUACUCGGGGUUCUUGUCCUUCUGUCCAUAUCCAACUCCCUAGUUUCAGGUUUAGUGCUGAUUUCCACUUGCUUGACAUUAGUGGUUGUGAUGUAGUUUUAGGGGUACAAUGGUUACGUACUUUAGGACCUAUUGAAUGGGAUUUUGCAAGAUUAUCAAUGCAAUUUACAGUUAAUGGUAAAACUGUUUCCUUACUUGGUAACAAUCAUUCGUCUGUAAUGAUUUUUGAGCAAAAAUCAAUGCAGCGUUUAUUACAACAUGCAAAUCAUGGGGUUUUUAUUGAACUAGCUGCAUUAACUAUUUCAUUGAAGGAAACAUCGGUUAUUGAUCCUCAAGUACAACAAUUAUUAGCUCAGUUUACUGAUAUUUUCAAGCAACCAACGACUCUUCCACCAGAACGUCUUCAUGAUCACAGAAUUCCAUUGGUUCCUGGUUCUCCACCUGUCAAUGUGAGGCCGUAUCGAUACCCUUACUUCCAGAAAUCAGAAAUUGAAAAGAUUGUUGCUGAAUUACAAUUCUCUGGUUUUAUACGUCCAAGUUCGAGCCCCUAUUCUUCCCCAGUGCUGAUGGUACGUAAGAAAGACGGGUCUUGGCGUAUGUGUGUUGAUUACCGUGCUUUGAAUAAGCUGACAAUCAAGGAUAGAUUUCCAAUCCCUGUUGUUGAUGACCUGUUAGACGAAUUGCAUGGUGCGACUGUGUUUACUAAACUGGAUUUGCGCUCGGGUUAUCAUCAAAUUCGAUUGCAUAAAGCUGAUAUUCCUAAGACAGCUUUUCGAACUCAUGAUGGUCACUAUGAGUUCUUAGUUAUGCCAUUCGGUCUUUCCAAUGCUCCAUCCACUUUUCAGAGUUUAAUGAAUGAUUCUUUCAGGGAAUAUUUACGAAAGUUCGUGCUGGUCUUCUUUGAUGACAUUCUGAUUUAUAGCAAGAAUAUGUCUGAUCAUUUGAUUCACUUGUCUCAGGUGUUUGAAGUACUUCGUUCUAAUCAGUUAUUUGUGAAGGAAUCCAAGUGCACCUUUGCUCAGUCCUCCGUGGGUUAUUUGGGACAUGUUAUUUCAGCUGAGGGAGUUUCAGUUGAACAGGAGAAGAUUGAAUGUAUUAUGUCAUGGCCUACACCAACUACCAUCAGAGAGUUACGCGGUUUUUUGGGCUUGGCAGGUUAUUAUCGAAAGUUUGUUAAGGAUUUUGGUAAGAUCAGUGCGCCAUUAACUCAACUACUUAAGAAAAAUGCUUUUCAAUGGUCGGAAAAAGCUAUUGCUGCCUUCAAACUUUUACAAACUGCUCUUACUACAACACCAGUUUUGAUCCUUCCUGAUUUUUCUAAAGAAUUUGCAAUAGAAUGCGAUGCUUCUGGAUUUGGAUUGGGUGUUGUUUUGUUACAAUCUGGUAGGCCUAUUGCUUUUCACAGCAAGCCUUUAGCUGAGAAGAACAAGAAUUUAACAAAAAUAUCUUCCUUAGAACAACAGAAAUGGCUAUCUAAACUUUUGGGUUACGAUUAUGAGAUAAUCUUUAGACCAGGAAAAGACAAUGCUGCAGCUGGUGCUCUAUCUCGCCAAUCCAGCUUCCACUACAGUCUUACUGCACCAGUUUUCAGUGGUGUCACAGAAAUAAUGCACGAAUGUCAUAAUGACACUGAAUAUGGAGAGCUUAUUCAACGGUUAGUUGCAGAUCCAACUUAUAAGCGUAAUUAUUCUUACGUAGAUGGUAUAUUACGUUACAAAUGCAGAAUUGUGGUAGUUUCCACUUCUUCGUGGUGUUCAAAAAUUCUGCAGGAAUUUCAUUCAACUCCAAUUGGUGGCCAUUCCGGGUUUUUGCGUACGUAUAAGAGAAUACAGCAUAAUUUUUACUGGAAAGGACUUAAGCAAUCUGUGAAGAAUUUUAUCCUUCAUUGUGAAGUGUGUCAGAGAAACAAAUCUGAGGCUGUUUCUCCUCCAGGUUUUCUUAAUCCAUUACCAAUACCAACUGACAAUACACAGUUAUGUCGCAGUUCAGCUUAUCAUCCUCAGUCGGAUGGACAAACAGAGGUGACAAAUAGAACUUUAGAGUGUUAUUUGAGGUGUUUUGCGGGAAUGAAGCCAACUGAUUGGAGCAAAUGGUUACCUUGGGCUGAGUGGUGGUAUAAUACAAGCUUUCAUUCAGCCAUUCGAAUGUCUCCUUAUCAGGCAUUGUACAGUCGUCCUCCACCUGCAGUUACAGCUUAUUUACCAGGUUCAACUUCAGUGCAUGAUGUUGAAUUAAAUCUUAAGGCUCGUGAUCAUACACUCAAGCUUUUGAAGUCUCAUUUGCAUGAUGCACAGUCCAGAAUGAAAAAAUAUGCUGAUUCGCACCGUACUGAGCGUUCAUUUUCAGUAGAUGAUUGGGUUUAUUUAAGAUUACAAUCUUAUCGUCAAACAACAGUGUCUCAGCAAUCUUUUUCAAAGCUGUCUCCUAAGUUCUAUGGACCAUUCCGCAUUUUGGAGAAAAUUGGGUCAGUUGCGUACAAACUAGAGCUUCCUGCCUCUAGCCGCAUUCAUCCAGUUGUUCACGUAUCUCAGCUUAAACUAAAGGUGGGAUCAACUACAUCUGUGGAACAAGUAUUACCCGACAUUAUUGAUUAUGAAAAGUGGGAACCUGAUUCGAUUUUGGAUCGUCGCAUGUAUAAGAAAGGCAAUGGUGCAGGCACCAGAUGGUUAAUCAAGUGGAAGAAUCAUGCGCCAGAGGAUGCAACUUGGGAAGAUGCUGAUGAUUUCAUCGCUAAGUUUCCAGAAUUUGAGGCUUGA